AUGGAUGAGCUGAAAGAUGGGGCUUUGAGUCAUGGGGACAACCUUUCUUUGCCGUCAGCUGGGACAGAGUCAUGCCCUGUUUCGGCCACCACAGCCCUGCCAGCCUCACUCCUGAGCACGCUAGACCCAACCCACCUGGGGCUCCCCGAGCAACUGGCCUCUGUCACUGUCCCCAUCCGCCUAGACACACUGUCCUACCUCCUACACAGUGCCCUGCUGGGGACCUACAACCUCCAGCAGUCCUUACCCCCUUGCUCCUGCUCUGCCCAGCCAGGCCACAUCUGGCCGGACUCGGUCAGGAGGCCACCCAGGAGAUCAGGCCAGGCCCGUGGGGGCUGGGAAGUUCGACGCAGGCCUUCCCGGGGCUGGGGCAGGGGCCGGGCCAGGUCACAAAGGGGCCCUGGAAGAGCUGAAGAGCUGGAGAGGAGCAUGGCAGGGGGGCCUGGGGCUGGCCCCAGUAUCCCACCAGUGACACCACCAUCCCAGGAUGGGCAGAAGGAAGCUGGAGGACUGUCUGAAGACUGGGAGACAGACUACUAG